GGAGAAAACAGGUGCUGCUAGUAAUGGUAGGAGGCAACACAUUUGCCAAGACCAUUUGUUCAAUCUGCUAUGAGGAUCUCAAACCUGUUGUCGAAGACCUUCAAUCCAUUUCUCUUUGCGGCCAUGUUUUUCACGAGCUCUGUCUGCAGCAAUGGUUUGAGUAUUGUACAAAUGGAAAGAAGAAGAAUUGUCCAGUUUGCAAACAGACUUGUACAGAGAAAAACACACAUAGGCUUUUUUUUCAAUCAGUUGGUGAUCCAAAUGAUCCUAGUCUUUCCCAGCAACCACAUGACUUUGAAGGGGGGCCUCCCUGUGAAUUACAAAAUGAGGUCAAAAGGUUAGAGGGGAAAGUCUUAAAACUGGCUUCUACUCUGGAACAGCAACAAAAAGAUAUCAAAGAAGUUAAUGCUGAGUUGUUCAGUUGCAAAGAGCAGUUGAAAGUAGAAGUGGCUCUAAAGAAUGAAGCUAAAAAACAGAAGACAGCCAGUCAGCAGUUACUUCAUGUAAAAUCUCAGGAGCUAGAUCAAUCAACCUUGGAAUGCAGACGACUGCAAGAAAGAAGUAUGGCCCUAGCUAAGGAGCUUGCAGCACUCAAGCUAGUCUGUGAUGUGAACUUGGGGGAAGAAGAAGUCCUGAAGCUUGCUUCAUUGGGUAAUGAGGCCAACAGUAAAGAGACAAUUGACGUCUUGAAAAAGUCACUGGUCAUCCGUAACAAGAGUUACAAAGAAUUGAUGACCAAGUGCAACACCCUUGGGAGGGGGGAGGCUCGUUCUCUUAGUAAGCUUGAGAAGGCUAUAGAGAAGAUAGAUAAGCUCAAGGCAAGGGUCCAAGAGCUUGAGAUGGCUGUUGAAGCAAGAGACAAUGAACAUUUGAGAACUUUGAGAGCUUCCAAGAAUUUUGAAGUUGAAUCUGGAAUAGGUGUUAGUAAAGAACUGAAAUCUGUCAAAUGCUCAUACGAGAAUCAGAAAAAGGAACUUGCCGAUACAGUAGUGCAUUUGCAUCAGGUCACUGGCUAUGGUCAUGAUUCUCGUCGAGGGGAAAAACGGAAGGUUAUGUGUAGUGAUGUGAGUGAAAAAGAUACAAUAGAUUGUAUCAUAGCUAGUUGUCUUGACCAAGAUAAUCGGGAGAAAAACCCUUUCCAGGAAAAUAAGGAUGGUGGCAUUUUGGAGACUUCCAGUUAUAUGCAUCAAGUAUCAAAUCGAAAACUGAAUCCACUAGUUGACCAUAAGAAGGCAGUCCACGAGAACAUUUUAUCAAGAUUGAAGGUAAGUUCGGGGAUUGCAGAUGCAACUCAAGUAAAGGCAUCAGAUAACAAGGAUGAACUCUCAGGCUUAAAGAAUUGUGGCAAGAACAGUACAGUAAACAUGCCACCUGUAACUAUUCUUGAUGACGAUGACCUUCUCCCUCUAGAUGACUUUACUCACCGUGAGCCCUCAUUUCACAUCAGAAAAGGAACUUCAGCUCCAACUUCACUUGCCGAAAUAGGAGACCAUUGCUUCUCCGGUGGAUUAUUAGGCCCUGAUGGAACAAACAGGCACUUGGGAAAAUGGUGUAAGAAGGUGCAGAACAAGGGAUCUGCAGGGUUGCAAGGAUCAGGUGCAAAUUCAGGUGAUUUGAUUUCUGUGGGAGCUGAUGGCAGAGGUGGUAGGAUUAAAGUUCUCCGAUCUAUAAAUCAGGCCUCUCUGGACAAGGAGAGUACAGUAUCAAUAAAGAGAUGCAAGUCCGGCACGAAAACAGGUAGUUCACAGUCUCAAGGAUGCUUGCAAAUAGAACAUUUCUUCAGAAGGGCUGGUCAAUAGCACAUGUAGAACUCUGC